CACAGACAGACGUGUGAGUGAGUCAGUCCCGUGUGGAGCUAUAACUUCUCAUGUCUCCCAGCUAUUUUCUGCCUUCUCUAGCUGGUGAGCCUGCUGACCGGGUUAAUCAAAGCAAAGUAUCUUGGGUUGUUUUUUGGCAGGGUUGCCCACCCCAGGCUGCUCCUCUCCCGCUCUGCCUGUGCUGCUGUACUCUACAUCCACAGACAUGCAGACCGAUUCGAUCGCCAUGACCCCCGUGACUACAGACAGCGACCACAGGCUCGGCACGGUGGGCAUCUUCGGCACGGGCGACUUUGGCCGCACCUUGGGCCUGCGGCUGCUGCAGGCCGGGUACCAGGUCGUGUUCGGCAGCCGGAGCCCCCAGAGAUCCAGCCUGCUGCCCCAGGGGGCCCAAGUUCUGUGCCACGCAGAAGCCGCCAAAACCGCGCAGGUCAUCUUCCUGGCCGUGCACAGGGAUAAUUACGACUUCCUGGUACCGCUGGCGGACAGACUGGCUGGGAAGGUCCUGGUGGAUAUCAGCAACAACCAGAGGCGGAACCAGUACCUGGAGCCCAACGCUCACUACCUUAGCAAGCUCGUUCCGGAAGCUUCUGUGGUGAAAGCUUUCAACACCGUCUCAGCAUGGUCACUGCAAUCGGGGGGCCUGGAUGCUAACCGACAGGUGUUAGUCUGCGGGGACAGCGCUGAGUCCAAACAGAGGGUGGUGGACAUUGCACGCAGCCUGGGCUUCACCGCCCUGGACAAAGGCACCUUGCUGGCAGCCGGCGAGAUCGAGGACUAUCCCCUGCAGCUUUUCCCCAUGUGGAGGCUGCCUGGAGCCGUGGCCGUGGGUCUCACUGCCUCCCUCUUUGCCUACGUGCUCCUCACGGACGUGAUCUACACCUGGGUCACCAGCAACAAGGACAUGUCCUUCAGGAUCAUGGUGUCUCUGGCCAACAUGGUGUUCCCCAUGGUGUCGCUGAUCAUGCUGUCUCUGUGCUACCUGCCCGGGGUCCUCGCUGGCUUCCUGCAGCUCUACAAUGGGACCAAGUACAAGCGAUUCCCCGACUGGCUGGACCGCUGGAUGCUCUGCAGGAAACAGAUGGGUCUCCUGGCUUUAGCGUUUGCCUUCCUGCACGUCCUCUACAUAAUGAUCUUUUCCAUCAGGUACUACGUCAGGUACAAGGUGGUCUCCUGGACCAUCUCCCAGAUGAAAGAGAACCAAAGUGAGUUUGACAACACGGUGGCCUGGUACACAGACUCCUACAUGUCGCUCGGCGUCCUGGGAUUCGGAUUGUUUAUCCUGCUGGGAAUCACCUCGCUUCCUUCUGUCAGUAACGCCAUGAACUGGCGAGAGUUCCGGUUUGUGCAGUCCAAGCUGGGUCACCUGACCCUCCUGCUAUGCACGUCACACACCAUCCUGUACGGCUGGAAGCGGUUCCUGAGAGCCCAGACCUACAGGUGGUACCUGCCCCCGGCCUACAUGGUGGUGCUGGUGCUGCCCUGCGUGAUUCUGGGCCUCAAGCUGCUGCUGGUCACACCCUGCGUGGACCGGAUCCUGAUGCGGAUACGGCAGGGCUGGGAGAGGAGACCCAUUCCUGGGGGAGCCUCCGACACGACGAGGGCCAAUGGGAAGGAGCCCCUCAUGCUCUGAACAGCCUCAGCAUUCCCAGCCCCAGAAGGAAAAGGUCAGAGAGCCAGAGAUGCUUCUGGAAUCUUUUCACCCCCAGCCCCCCAUGGAAUGUGCAGAAUUAAACUUCAAAAAUACACCAUUGGCAGAUGUUUCUCAUGUUGCGUUGACAGUGACACAGACUGGGAGUGUUUAAAAACACGUUCCUUUAACAGCCCCCCCCAUCACAGGGUGACAGUCAGUUUCAGAGCCGGUAGCGACGUCAGAUAAAGGAGUCGCAUGUCACCGAGUCCCAGUAGCCGUUAGCCAUUAGCUGUCAGUGGCUCAGGCACUCGCUUUGUUUUUAGCGCAUCUUGUGUGUUUGUUUUAAUGGGCUGACUGGGCUGUGGAUGUGUCUCCAUUUUGCAGUUAGGAAUAAGCCGUGUUGUUAUCCGUCUCGCUGCACCCCUGCGACAGGCCGCAAAGCCUUAAACCUCCUCUCAGUUCUGAUUCUGUCCCAGAAACAGACUUAGCACCCGCCGAAGCCUGGGAGAUGGUGCCACUUAGGAACACAAUGGCACAACCUUUAAUCCAUCCACCCUCCAUCACUGUGCAGCAAACGAGGAGAGAAGAGCAACGAUCACCGUAAGGUGACCCUGGGGGGUGGGGGGGGGGUGCUGAGAGCGGUGUGAAUAGCCUGGGUGGGCCUCCCAAAAUGGACGGAGAUAAAAAAAGUGGAGGUAUCUGGGGGGGCUGACAAGUUUAGUCCAGCAAAGGUGACUGGGGAUCUUCCCAAAACACCGUAGUCACCAGGGAUCAGCUAAAAUUCCACAGUAACCAGGGAUCUGCCCAGAAACACCACAGUCAGCAGGGAUCCACCCACAAUACCACAAUCACUGGGGAUCUACCCAAAACUCCACAGUCACCAAGGAUAUGCUGAAAACGCCUUACUCACAUGGGAUCUGUGUGAAAAGGAGAUCACUUACAUUGGGGGGGGGGGGGGGCUCCAUUCACACCAAACUCCACAUGUGAGCAAGCAGCAGAAUAGGUCAGCUCACCAAAAGGUCCAUUUCUCUAGACUGGCUUUGCUGUUGUACCUCUGGUAUACCAGUAAAAUGUCAGGUUAAAUAAAGAGGAGAAGCUACACACACACAUAUAUAUAUCUGCACUGAGAAUAAAUCCUGUAUACAAAAGCUAUUAGUGAAAAUAUUUUAUACGUGGACUGAUUUGUACUAAUACUCUAUUGGGUACACUGGGUUAUCUUCAAAUUAAAGGUUUUACAUUUAAAAAUGUCUGCAUCUUUUUUAUCUAUACUGAUAAUGUACAGUGUAUAUUAAUAAUGAUGCUCCAUUAGAGAAUUUGCAUACUCCAGCUUUGUGCCCCAUCCGCGCCGUACCCCUGCUCUGUGCCCUGCGAUGGACUGGCAUCCCAUCCGCCCCGUACCCCUGCUCUGUGCCCUGCGAUGGACUGGCAUCCCAUCCGCGCCGUACCCCCGCUCUGUGCCCUGCGAUGGACUGGCAUCCCAUCCGCACCGUACCCCUGCUCUGUGCCCUGCGAUGGACUGGCAUCCCAUCCGCGCCGUACCCCUGCUCUGUGCCCUGCGAUGGACUGGCAUCCCAUCCGCGCCGUACCCCCGCUCUGUGCCCUGCGAUGGACUGGCAUCCCAUCCGCACCGUACCCCCGCUCUGUGCCUGGGACAGGAUGCAUUGGAAAUGGAAUCCCAGUUUGUUUAGUUGCCCAUAGCACAUGCUAGGAAAUAUACUAUUAUCUAAUAUUUAGGAGCAAUAUGUGUGGUUCUGUGUUAAAAUAUAAUGCAUUAUUGAUAUGCUAUCAUGCCGGUGCUGUUAUUAGGGCCUGGAGACAGAUGGGGGGCUGGAGGCAGCUGCUGAGGUCGGCUGGUUAGCUCAUCGCCGACAGGCAGGGCAAGGCGGCCCACAGGAAGUCGCUACGCACAGCAGCACGGAGGGAAAUUGUCCCACUGUAGGAGCCACCAGGACGAGAAUGACCGGCGGAUUUCCUGGAGCCCAGUGUGCGGUGGAUCAGUCUGACCUCAGCUGAGGGUCCUGUGAAUUGAUGGAUGGAUAGAUGGGUGAAUGGGUGCAAAAAUGGGAAGCAUGGAGCAAAGAAAGAACAGGGAGACAGAGGGAGAUAUGUGCAUAUGUGGGUCGUGUGUUUUUAAUUCGUUUUUACGUAAAUUUUUUAACCCAC